UGUACACAAGGAAUUUGUAAGCUUUAGGUUUAGGAAUUUUGAUACAAAGCCUAACAUUCAAAAAACAAAAAACAAAGAAAAACUCAUCUUGAUAUGUUUCCACCAAAAAGGAAAUAAUCAAUAGCAAUAUGCGCAGAAGACUUCCCACAGGGUGCAUCCCAUUGUUUGGCCAAAGCCCACUUCAAUUUACUUCAGCUUAUAAGUCUACAAAAAUACAACUGCCUAGUAAACAUGCUAGAUAGAGCUUCUCCUGGAGGAGGAUUGGCAGCAUCAGUAUACUGUCAGGAUCAGGAACUUGAACUAAUUGAGAAUGAAUUUCGCUGGGGGCCAAAAGCUAGGAUGACACAGGAAAAUAAUUUAGUAUACUAUGAAUCAUUCUUUUUUGAAGGUACAGAAUAUUCCUGCUUUGACUCUAUAUACCUUUACAAAGAAGGAGAACCAGAACCAUAUAUUGGGAAGAUAUUAGAAGUCUGGGAGGAUCAGUUGGAGAAUAGAAACAAAAUGAAGGUCCUAUGGUUCUUUCGUCCAAUUGAAAUUCCAAAAUGGCUGGAAGAUGAAAGUAAGCCCGCACAUAAGGAAAUAUUCUUGGCAUCUGGGAAAGGAAAAGGGGUCACCAAUGUUAUAAAUACACUGAAUGUCAUUGUAGGGAAAUGCAAGGUUCUUUGCACAUCUGUGGAUAAUCGAAAUCCACAGCCUUCAGAGGAAGACUUAGAAGCUACACAUUACUACUUCUAUCGAAGAUUUGAUGUUGAGAAUUAUACAAUUUCAGAAGAUAUGGAUCUUAUAAUAAAGGACUUUGGAGUUGAGUCAAUUUUCAACAUUCAAAGUUUACAAAAAACUAAUUCUGCUGCUGGUCUAUCUGAGGAACAUCAAACAAAUGAAGGUGAAAGAAUUCAUCAUACUGAUACUCAAUCCAAUAGGGCUCCUAUAUUGGAUGCACAUCAAGACAUUGCAAUGGGAGAUGUUCUAAAAGAAGGUUUUCAUGAGAAAGCAGAUGCAGUGAUGCUGUUGAAUAAUGAAGACAUAAUAUAUGAUGGAGAUGGUAUCAGAGCAAAUACAGGAGUUGAUGACAUGGUAAUCAAAAGGAAAGAAACUCCUAAAAUGGACUGUGUCAAUGAGGAAAAGAAAGUCUAUAAAAGAUUGAAAUCCACACCCGACAUUGUUGGCAGCUAUGAUAUGGUGAAUGGAUUUUCUGCAGGAGCACCAUUAGUUACCAAGGACACUGUUGAAAGUGAAAGUUUAGAUUCUGAAACUGUACCCUUAAGUAAAGUCAACUUUAUUGAUGGUUCACCAAGAGUUUCUGAAGGGCAAAAAUUUGAAGAGUUAAAUACCAGACUUACAACAAUUGAAGUCUCACACACAUGUCAAAUGAUAAAAGAAAAUCCGCAGAUAGAGGAAGAAAAAUCUAAUGAGAAUGAUUCACCCAAAGGGGAAUCAAUUGAAGUAAUGAAAUCCACAAAGACUCCACAAUUGAUAGUCAACUUAAGUCAGGACUCAGUCAAGAAAGUGGAUGACUUAGUAAAGAAAGUGGAAGACUCGGUGAAGAAAUUAGACAAACUGAAGAAAAAAGGGACAAAUUCUAAAAAAUUACCUGACAAGAAACCCAGCCCAACUGAAAAUUCUUUAAAAGCUUCAAAAAAAUCAACUAAUCUGGUAUUGCAGCCAGAUGGUGCAAAGAAUGACAAAGAACCAUUUAAAGUAACUCAAAACAAAAGAGAUGGUAGGGGUCUCAUAAAGCGAAAGAUUGACUCUACUAAUGAGACAUCAAAUCUUAUGUCUAUCAAGUCAAAGCUGGGUGAUGAUUCUCCUAAGGCUUUUGAGGAUUUGAUUUUUGUGUCGAUUGAGGAAACAGGUAUGAAGAAGGAAAAUAUUUCUGCACAUAAGAUAAUUGAAGUUACAAAGAGGUCAGAAUUGGAGAGUAACAAAUGUUUUAAGGGACAUCCCUGGGAUGAGCAUCUUCAAAGGGGUUAUGAACAAGGAUCAGUGGUACUGAUAGAAAAUAUUGACCCCUCAUAUACUUCAACAGAAGUAGAAGAUAUUAUAUGGAAUGUAUUUGCAGAGCAUUGUACUGCAAAGGUCAUACCACAAACUGCUGUGUCCAUCCCAGGAGUGGGGGACAUGACAGCCUUGGUCAGGACAGCAUUUACAGUUCGUAUUUUAUACAAGUUUCCUUCAACACCCAAAUGUUUUUUCUCUAUGAAAACUGGGUAUGCUCUCUGGCCUCUUAUUGCAACUAAAGCAAAUCUUGUCCAUUCCACAAAGUCAAUCAAAUUUGCUGGCCAUUUGUCAGUUGAAAAGCAUAAUUUACAAAUGCAGCCGAUAUGUCAGACAGAGGAUAUGAUAAAAGCAGUACCAUCUCCACAUUGUUCUCAGCCACAUACAAUUGAAUAUGCAAUGGCCAUGGAGUGGGCACUUAUGCAAGAGAAGUCUGAUAGAUGGUGGACUGAACUAUACAAGAAGCAAGAAGAAGAGAUUAAAUUAGCGAAGCGAAAGCUAUGUAUAUUGAACCCAGAGAUGUAUCCAGGCAGUUGAUUGCAGGCUGCACAAGGUAAAUAACAGGUACAUUGCAGAUAUUCAUUCAGUACCACUGUAAAUUUGUACUGCAUGCACAGGAACAAGAAGUGAUCAAUUCUUGGAUGUUAAAAGCAUCAAGAUGUAUUCAUAGAUAUUGCAUUAAGGCAUCCUGCUCAGAUUUUAUGCAAGCAAUGAAGAUGUUGAUGAGACCAAGAUUAUAUGAUCUAGAGUUUGAGCAGUACCAUGCUUAGUCAUCUCAUUCCGUGUUCCUCUGUCUGUUUGGUAUGCACAAUUUUCUAAACCGAUACAGACUAAAAAAAAAUUAGUUGAGAGAUGCUGCAAAGGAAGAUGAACAUAAGCACAUUAUGAAAUACCCAGCAUGGUCAUUUGGUGUGGAUUUUAAAUAUUCAAGAAAAGUGACAGGUUCAAUUAUCAUUUGUGGCAUGGCAGUCUAGAGAUGAUCAAACCUAGUGUUUCUUAUAUACUUAUACUACAGAAGCAAGACCCAUUGUGAUUCUGUCCCUUCAAUAAAGCAAAAGAAAAUUGGAAAUGAAAUAUUUAUGAA